UCGAUAAACAAAACGUUAUCAAAGAAAUAAUUGAGAAGAAAAUAUUGGAACGAACCGAAGUAGUACAGCAAGCGAAAGAAUUGCUUUUUCAUAGAAGACCCCACAUUCGUUCAAUAAAUCGAGCUCGUAUAAUAUCAGAUUGUAUUAAGGAAUUGGAUGAGCAGGUAAAAACUCGUGCGUUGGAAAGGGAAAUUGCUAAAAAUUCCGACAAAGAAAAUGGCCAAUUAAUUUUAGAGGAUGUAAAGAAAUUUCAACAAGAAGAGCAGAAGAAACGUGAAGAUAUUAAUCAAAUGAGGCAGAACCACAAAGCUUAUAUACUUAAGCAAAUAAAACAGAAUGAAAUGAACUUAAAGAAAAUUACAGAAUCAACAAAACUAACUGAAAUUGAAGAACUGAAGAAUAUGAGAAAAGAAUUACAUGAAAUAGAAGAAAAAGAGAUACAUAAGGAGUUGCAAAAAAAAGAGAAAUUAAAAAAAAUGUUUCUCGAAGCCAUUGAAGAUAGAAAAGAGUACACAUUAAAAGUUCAAGAUAGUGAAAAAUUUCAAGAACAAAAUUUAAAAACGUACAAGGACUUAAAAUGGAAUAUUGAUAAAUUGGUUAAAAAGAAAAAGAAAAAUGCUAAAUUAGAAGAGAUUCAUAAACUUGAAAUUCUAGCAAGGAAAAUUGGCAGACGUAAUGAAAGAAGUAAUUUAGAGAACGAAGAAAAAGAUAGAAAGAGAAUUGAAGCAUAUGAAGAGCAAAAGAGAAUGGAAGACUUAAAAUUAAUCGAAGAUAAAAAGCAAAAAAGAAUCAAGGCUUAUGAUGAUAUGAAAGAACAAAUAAAGAAUGUCACGGAUAAGCAAGAGAAGAAGAUAAAAGAGGAGAUGGAUUUAAAAUUAUGGGAAACUUUACAAAGAUAUAAACGCGAUGAGUUUAAUAAAGAAUAUGAUUUACAGCAAAAGCAAGCUGAAAGAAGCGCGGAAAAGAAGAAGGCUGCGGAAGAAAAUGAUUAUUCUAUUGAGAUGAACGAAAUGACGAAUAAAGCGAAUGAAAAGAUUUUAUCAUACGGUAAAAAAGUCUUGGAAGAGUCGCAGGGUGUUCGGCCUCUUUAUCCAAUAACCAAAACGAUUGAAGCAUUCAAAAGAGAAAUAGGCUUGAUAGCACCAUUCAAUAGGGAAACGGACACCGAAGCUCCGCUUAGAAAUAUAAAAAGAAAAGGUAACCGACGAAUAAUUUGUACGAGACCUAUUAAGGAAGAAGAUGCCUUUUAUAUCUUGUAA